CUUGAACUCACCACUCUCAAUCCUUCCACUUCUGCCUCUACUAUCUGAGUCUCAGUAUCUCCCAGCUCAGGGACCUUGACGCCACGGCAUCUCAGCAUUUCUUCUGUCACAACCAGCAACCCUUUGUGAGCUAGGGCGUCGAGCAAAUUAGCACGACCUACCUCCUGCAUUGUUGAACCUCGAGACCUGGAGCUGGCUGCAGGAUCGAGAUCAACCUAGGGAUUAGCUGUGUGGUCUUGAUCCAAUUCAAACACCUGUUCAUCACAGUGCAACGCAGAGGAAGAGGCGCACGAAGUUCACCCGCCUUCAUCUUCAACAUUCUCCUUCCCUUACCUCACUACUAUCAACCCUCUUCUAUCCUCAAACAUAUAGACAAUGGCGAUCAAAUAUCGGCACUUGUCACGGUCAUCAGCCCACCGACAGGCUCUGCUCCGCAACCUGGUAACGGCGCUGAUUGAACACGAAGCGAUCUCGACAUCAUUUGCCAAAGCCAAAGAAGCACAACGACUAGCGGAGAAGCUGAUUACCCUGGGGAAGAAAAACACCGGCGCGGCCAAAAACAAAGCACAGCAGAUUUUCUAUGAACCACACAAACACAUGGACAAACUCUUCGGUCCCCUCCGAUUACGCUACGAAUCCCGUCCCGGAGGAUACACACGGGUUCUGAAACAAGAACCCACCGAGAAAGACAACGCCCCGUCCGCCAUCCUCUGCCUCGUCGACGGACCCCGCGACAUCCGCUUCGACAUGACCGUCCGAGCCAUCGCACGGGAACAAGCGUUAGAAAUGCCCAUGCGCGAAAUGACCGCCGCCAACGUGCGCAAAGUCACUCGUUUCCGGCCCGACGGUAUCGAUGUCCUCGAACAAGCAGUCAAAGACUUUGCAACACACAAGAACGCUGGUACACUUGAUCGGCCGGCCACGGCGACGAAACCGGAUGUUCUUCGCUACGGCAAAGAUAAAUAUGGAAGCUUGAAAGAUCAGAAUGAAAAGGAUGAGGAGUGGGAUGAGGAUGCGGCUGAUGAGGAUGAUGAUGCGUGGGAGGAUAUUCCAACCGUGCCGGAGACGGUGGAUCGGGAGGCUUUGAAAUAUGCCGCGGAGAGGAAAAUCUCGGGCUUGCGUGUGGGCGGAAGUCGGAAGGCGCGUAGAGCGGCGUAUAAGAGGAGGUUGGAUCGGAUGAAUUCGUUGUCUUCUUCUUCUUCUUGAGAAAGGGAAGGAAAGAAAAGAAAAGAAAGAUCUAGUACUUGCGGGCUUGGGAUUGGAUCAGGCCUUGACUACCGUACAGCGGGUCUCCAUCUUGAUCUCGAUCCCGAACCCUAUGUCACAAUACCCUCUAGUUGAUAUACAUACCUACUUGUGUACCGCGGCUUAGCUGUAAAAUAAGAACCAAAAUCUGUCAUA